AGCUGAGCUGAGGCGGAGAUCAAAAUGGCGGCUGGUCGGCUGUAACAACUCGCCUCCAUCAGACGACUAAACAGACUUAGCCUGCCAAGACCACUCCCAACCGCCACAGUGACAGAUGAAAUUUAUUUUCGAUUUUCUGCAAAAUAGAGGUUAAGGCUGGCUAGUUUCGGCGGGAUAAGUAAAUUUUUGUCUUGAGCUGCACAAGGGGCAUAAAAGGACAGAUGACAUUUUGACCUAACAAAGGUCAAGAUUUGACAACGAAAUUCAAGAUUUGUCCAAAACGAGUCAUCAGCAUGAUAGGACGACAACCAUUCCCGGCUGCAUCAGUGGCAGUGGCCGGCAGUAUCGUUCUAUUUCAUUUGCUAACCAUCACAAGCUCAGUUCCACAAUCAGAAGAGACGACCAAGAAGCCGGUGAUCACCAAGUGCUGGGAGUGUCUUAGCUACCACGAGGGUACACUUUUCACCCAGUGCCCUAUGAAUGACACCGUGGACCCGACCAGAACCUUCCUGGGCAACUGUACGGGCGCCUGUAUGACCCACACAGACGACCGCAACCCUCAGUUGGUGGUACGAGGUUGCACAGCCACCCAGUGGGGCCUCCCGCCACUGCCUGACGACGGUUGCUACCCGUAUUACUCCGAAAUCUGGUGCAUCUGCAGAAGUGAUGGAUGUAACGGAGUGAAACUAGAUUUCGCCAACAUAAAAAGCAAACAGCUUGACUACUUGGUGGACUACAGUCAUGGCAGCAAUAGUCCCAACUCUGCCCCUUGCUUGCCUCAAAUGUGGGGUCCUGUGCUGCUUGCUCUGCCCUUGCUUGGCAAGUUGAUAAAUGCAGUGCUUGGCUUUCUUGAAAACGAUGACUAAUGCAGACAGUCUCGCAAAAUCUCAGACAUUUUCAGACAUUUUCAGACUAUCUCAGUCAAUAGCAUCGGUUAGUCUGUUAUGUAUCAAUGAUACCAAAAUAAAGACAUCCACCACGAUUGCUGGCUGAUUCCAGACUGAAUCCAAUAUGAAGUCUCCCUCUACCUUAAGGCUGUUAUCUUUCCUUUUUUAUAUAUGUCUGUCUCUUUCUCUCGCACGCACGCACGUACACGUACACUUCUGUAUAACUUAAACACCACACUUUUACACCCUGUACAUUGUCUUUUCUUUUAUCCUGUUAAGGAAAGUACAAAAGAGAGAGAAAAAUAUAAGUGAAUAUGGAACAGUAGUUAGUGUCAUCUUAAGGUAAAUAAACCUUUUAGAUAUAGUGAAUGCAAGACGUAUUUUUAUUCCUUUCUUUACACUUCGCUACAAACUUUUCAUCAAUUUUUAGGUAUUUUGCCUCGGUCUACACUUGACAAGAGACUUUUAAAACUGAAACAACACAAAGUAUAAUAUAAAUCAUCUUACGAGGUUCUUUCAAAGUACAAAUCAGUAAGAAAAUUACCAAAAGAUAUUUAAUGUAUUACGCACAGAGUAGCUUCCCUUGGAAUAAUUGUCUCCCUUCGAUAUCAUUCUCCAUAUAUUCAUCACUAAACUUGCUUAAUUCCAAACAAAGAAAAUUACAUGCCUUCAAAUGUAUUUUAUACCGUUUACAACAUAUUAUUACAAAUGUUCGCGUAUUUGUUGUGUUUGUUUAUUUAUUGUUCGUAUACUUCAUUCAAU